AUGCCAAGCCUAUCUUCAGGCGGCAAUGCCCUCGUCGCCCGCGAGACCAUCUCAGCACCCGUCAUCUACAACUUCAUGGCCAGAGCACACGCACGCUACCCACGCAUCGUAGGCAGAGACCUCAUGGACCCAAGAUCCGACGUCUACCGGCGACUCUCUGGAUGUCGAGAUUAUACCGCAGUAAUCCGUGUCAUCGACAACGUCGCUGAAGAGUUCAAGAUCUAUCGUAAUUCUCGCAACGGUGUGGGCACGGCCAUCCGCUCGUCGCUUAGCACGAUCGUCCGUGCGCUGUUCAACUUUGGUGCAUUGGAAGUGGGGCGGGAUGCUGUUUCUGUGCAAUUGCCGGGUGUGCAGGCUGUAUUCGUGGCCUUGAUCUACCUUCUCAAGGCGACACAAGGCGUCAGCGAACGUUUCGACAUGGUAGCCGACCUUCUGGAACGACUGACCCUCGUCGUGCCGUACUUGAGUCUUCGCGUGCAAGCGCCUCUCGGGCCAGCAUCAGAAGAGGUCGUAGUGAAGAUACACGUCCAUCUCUUGCGAUGCCUGGCAAUUAUCAUAGACACGAUGAGUCAAAGUCGCAUCCGACAUUACGCUUCGGUUGUCUUUGGUCGGCGGAAUCCUGUCGCAAAGGCGUCUAAGAAACUCGAAGUUCUCCUGCAGGCCGAUACGUCUUUGCUCUUAGCCGAGAUCCGCCAGGAAAACUUCGAGCUUUUCAAGGCUCUGAAACCGGUCUUGACAUACUCCGGCCCUUCAAUCGCAUACUCCGGGGAAGACACCAGUCUAGUCAUCUCCAAUAGAAGGGCGUUACUCGCACAUCAUCCUGCAAUCACAAACACUGCCAUCAUGACAUCUGCCCAAACUCAAUUGCCUACUUUCGGCGGACACAGCCUGUUGAUGGCCGGACCUGAUCUCAGUCAUGGAAAGACCGAGAACCAAGUCUUGACGAAUCGUCCUUCAGGUGCAGAACGAAAGCAGUCGUUCAUGGGCAAGCUGCUUCACUGCAAAGAGGCGACGCCUGACGAAGGAGCAUGUGAAGGUCGCUUUCAGAUCGUGCCGACCUCCCCCGAAACGAGCGCACCGCUCAAGGAAACGGUCCGUACGGCUACUACCAACAAUAUGCCGGCUAUCAUGUCGCUUUCCGUCGUCAUCUUCGUCUGUCUUGCGUUUGCUCUUCCUUCGGUGGUUUGA